AUGCCCACUGAAGUCUCCCCCGCCCCCUUUCGAUACCACCAACGAUACCCUAUCUCCCUUGAACACCCCGCAGCAUUCAAGCGAAUGUUUGGCUCGAACUCUCCAGCGGGUCAGGGUCCGGCUCGACAGAUGAACAUGGGCUUACACCAGUAUCAGCACCCGCAUCAGCACUCCUUGCACCCCCCGCAGCAGCAGCAGCAGCAGCAGUAUCAGCCACCCGCGCCACCCUCCUAUUCCGGCCACCCACCUCCCUUCCUCCCACCCUCUUUACCUAUGCCGCACCCCCUCUCCGGGACCGGCGUGGGCAUCGCCAACCAGGUCCUCCCUAAUGGCACUCGGAACCCCUGGGCGCCCUACGCCGGCGAGACUUACAUACCCAGUGGCGAGAAAUCGGACCGGAUGGCCCAGGGCCAAGGGAGCAUGAUGUAUGGUUCGCCACUCCAGCCUACCUCUUCGCUCGGCUACAGCGCGCCAGGGAGUAUGUCCAUCCCCAUUCCUAUCCCUGUCCCGAGGUCGGUGGUGUCGUCGCAUGGAUGGGCAGAGGGCAGUAUUUCCAAUUCAGCGGCCCAUCGAGGCGCACAGCGGGUCGAUGAAGGAUGGGAUGGGAGCCAAGGACGGGCGCACGCGGGUCAUCUGCCUGAUCCGACGACGGCAGCGGGCAGGCUCGGGAGGAUUCUAGGCUCCAACAUCGGCGUGGGGAUGGGAUCGGGUGGGGUACAGGGCUGGAGACAGGCGCCAUCGAGCUGGCAGAACCACGCGAGGCUGACGCCGGGUCUGCUUCCUCCCCCUGCUCCUUCCGCGUUUGUUGUCAUGGCUCCCGGUGCCGGCGGAUCAAUGCUGUCCCGGAGCAUCCCGAAUAGCGGAGGAGGCGGCGGCGGUGCGGAGUACCUGACGCCCCGGUCAGCUGAGAAUCGGACGAGGCCCAGACGGGCGAGCUUUGUCCUCCCUGGAGAAGAGUGCAGCGAGUGCUCUUCUCAUGGCAGUCCAGGACGUGGGGACGGAGCUCUGAAGCGCGCUGGAUUAGGGAGAAGCAGCGGGAGCGGGAGUGGCGGAGAGCACAGGUCGGGGUGCGGCGCUGGCGGUCAAUUCGCCUUUGGGGAGAGUUCCGAUGUUGCCGCCUGA